UGCUGCUGCUACUACACUACCAGCCAGCCAGCCAGCGCCAGAGCCAGUGCCAGUGCCCAACUCCUUGGCCUCCUCUCCCUGGAAUGAAUGGAGGCGUAGCGUAGGGUGGCGUCCGAGGCAGACAUACAGUCAGGAGAGCGGGAGCUAGGGUUCUUCUGCCUGCGCCGCCUUCUCCUCCUCCUCCGGGUCCUCAACCUCCGGCGCGCGGCGGGCUUGGAGGCGGCUCCGAUGGGGAAGUCCCCGGCCAAGUGGCUCAAGUCCGUGCUCUUCGGGAAGAAGACCUCCAGGUCUGCCUCCGCCAAGGCCAAAGAUUUAUCGAAGGCCGGGAGCAACAGAGGGUAUGUGGCUGUCGGAAAGGAGCCGGGGUUCUCGGAGAGUUCCCCGGUGAUCUCCGAGCCGGUGCUCGUUACCCCGCGCAACAAUGACGCCGUGCCGGAGGUUGGGAAGGGCGAGAAUUCCAGCUCGCAAGGCGAGGCGGUUGUGCAGCACGAAGUGAACCAUGAUUUGGAUAAGCAGAGCACUGGCGGGUCUGAUGUGCUGUCCAAUGAUCCGGAGAGGUUGAAGGAAGAACAAGCAGCCGUCAAGGCCCAAGCUGCCUUCCGUGGUUACCUGGCACGUCGUGCUUUCCGUGCAUUGAAAGGAAUCAUACGACUUCAGGCACUGAUUCGUGGCCAUCUUGUAAGGAGGCAAGCUGCUUCAACUCUCCGUGCUACAUGGUUGCUUGUGAAGUUCCAAGCUAUUGUUCGUGGUAGAAAUGUCAGACUUUCUAGUGAUGCAAUUCAAUUCAGUUGGAAGCUUGCCGAGCAGACGUCUGUGGGUGCUAAACCAGAUGCAUGGAGGGAAAGGUUUGCUUCAAACGCAUUUGCUCGUAAGCUUCUGGCUUCACCGAUUCUGGUAGAGGCUCUUCACUUUCAGUAUGAUGAGAGGGAUCCCAAUUCAGCCUUCAACUGGUUAGAGAGAUGGACCAUAUGUCGUGUCUGGAAACCCAUUUACCAGACGAAGAGAAGUGCUAUUGCUGAUGCCAAACCUCAGACAAAGAGGGCCAGCUAUGCGAUGGAAACAGAAUCAGGGAAAUUAAAACGCAAUGCUCGGAAGAGUUCUGCAAUGUCAGUUGAGUCCGCCCCUCAAACAAACAUGCCAUUGGAAACUGAAAAACCAAGAAGGAACCCAAGGAAGUUCACUAGCACUCCUGCUGAUUCAGUGCCUGAUAGCCAGUUAACUGAACUUGAGAAGGUUAAGCGUAGCCUUCGGAAGGUAACUAAUUCCAUGGCCGAAGCCUCAAAGGUAUCUAGUCCUGCAACUGAUACCCCUGACUACCCAGAGGUCCAAUGUGAGAAACCACAACGUACUGCACAGGAAGUUCCAGUUUAUCCUGAGAUUCAAGAACCUCACCAUGAUGAUCUGUUGGAAAAUGCAAAGGUUGAUAUCUUUGUACCUGAUUACACACCUGAAGUGGAGGUUACUCCAUACGCAGUCACCACUGAAGAAAAAGUUGAUGAGCCAACUGUUGUUGCUACAGCAGUUGAAGUUAUGCCUCUGCAAGACAUUGACAAUGAAGAAAAUGCUUUGGUGAAUGAUGCGGAGCAGAGAUCCAGAGAAGAACCUCUAUCUGCCGAAAGCCUGAAAGGUGGUAACAGGAGGUCUUCGUUCUCAACGAAGCCAGAGUACCCAGAGAACGGUGGCUCGAAAAACUCUCCAGCUGUGCCCAGCUACAUGGCUGCAACAAAAUCUGCAAAGGCGAAGCUGCGUGGACAGAUAUCACCCAGACUUAGCGCUGAUUCAACAGAAAAAACUGUCUACACACGCCGCCAUUCCCUCCCUUCCCCUGCCAAUGGUAAGCAGAAUUCGCACUCGCCGCGUACACAAAGGCCAAUCCAUCCUGGUACUAAAGAGGCAGCGAAAGUCGACAAGUCUAUGCUGUCAUCAAGAGACGCAGCCGAGAGACCGAUGAAAGCCGAAUGGAGACGGUGAAGACGCGGAUCCUCCAUUCCAUUUGAGUAGUGCGGCGACGGACGUUUGGAUGGACGGCAGUUUGCUCCUCUGAUUGUUUUGCUUCUGAUGUAAAAAUGUCCUCUCUAGUCUGCUGCCGCGACAACAACGGACCGGCUUAAUUUGUUGUUGGUGUUGCCUACCUCUACCUGGUGCCGAGUUGGAGAGUUAUUUUUAUAGGGUUUUGCGACGGUCCUGCUGCCUGUCUUGUAUAGCUGAAGUUUGUUCCGCAGUUUGUUUUGGUUCGCCUUUGAAAUACCGUGCCUUGUUAAGUGAGAUGGAGAGACAGACAGAGAUGCUGAUGCUAGCGAGUACCUGGGCUGUUUGCUUGGUUGGUUGGUUUAUUAUCCCUGAUGCGUUUUCUUAGCUGACAGUGAGUGUGAUCCAUGACAUAAUUUGGUUAUCAAUCUCCUUCUGUUUCCCA